UUGAAAACCCUAGUAUUUGCUAAUCAAUCAAUUCUUUUUAAAUUUUGCAUUCGAUGAGGUGGGAUAUUGCAUUUUUAGAAUUUAAUUUAUAAUGUAGUUGAUUGUAUUGAAUUUUAUCCUUUAUAAUUGCAAAAUUGAAUUUGUAGUUUUCUAAAAUAAUUGGAUUUCAUUUGAUUUUUGCAAUUGUUGAGAUGGGGUAACGCAAUUGGUGAAGAAAAGUGUGUACUUGGAUACUGUUGGUGUGAUGUUAAUUGUGUAAUGAAAAAUUUAGUUUGUUUUUGAUAUGAAAUAGGAAAUGGAAUUAUGAAUUAGUAACAGGAACUAUGUAAGUGAGGAUUGCUGCAAGUUCUGUUCUUGAUUUUGUUGAUUGGUUGGUAUUAUUGAUUGGAGGAGAUUCCUGCUAGUUGUUUUCCUUGGUGUUGUUGAUUGCUUCUGGCAUGAGUAGUCAUUUGUAUGUUUAUGAAUCCUUUAGUCAGUGCUGGAAUUAUGUGGUAUUUUCUCUUGUUUAGGUGGGUCUGUAGUGUUAUUACCCCUAUCAUGUUGACUAUAGAUGUAUGUCUAUUGCUGGUUUUAGGAGUCUAAUUUUAGGGAACUUCACUACUGAUGUAUGAUGCAAAAUGAGGGAACAUAUUGCAGGUGCUAUUAUGGAUUGUGGUUUUGAAUCUGGUGAAAUGGGUGAGCCUGUUGGCAUAGCAUAUAGUGUUGGUGGGGGGCAAGUGAUUUCUUCUGGAGGUGAGCCUAAUGGUCUACCCUCUCUGAACUGUAUGUCACUGAAGAUUCCCAACUCAGCUGAGAGACUAGCUUCCCUGUCACCGAUUAAAACUGUUGAAACGGUGGAGACCAUUGUAUCAACAAAUCAGGUUUGCAUGUACAUUUCUGUUGAGUCACCUAGGUUAGGGAUGGUCUUCAAAUCCUUUGAAGAUGUAUAAAGCUACUACAAAGAGUAUGCUAAGUAGAAAGGUUUUGGGGUUACCCGUGUUGCAUCAUCAUUUUCGAAGAAGGACAAGGAGCGGAGAGGGGCCACUUGGAGGUGUGAGUGUUGGGGUCCACCUGAUAUGAGGGCAAGGAGGGAGGCCAAGAAAAGGGCAAAGCUAAUGGAAUUAUGUGGCACGGGAGGGAUUGUUAACGGUGAAAUAGGGGAAGAUAUCAUGCAGCGGGCGAAAAGGACCUCCAAGAAAUGCGAGUGUGGUGCCAUGUUAUAUGCCGGGGUUGAUAGUGAUGGGCUGUGGGUUAUUAGGAAAUUGCAAAAUGAGCAUGAUAACCACACCCCUAAGCCGAGUGAUGCUAAGUUGGUUAAGGAAUAUCGAAUGAAGAAUUACACGUCAAAUGUGAAGAAGAAACUUUUGAAUUUCUAUGAAGAAGGUGUCUCUGUAAGGCAAAUUCAUGGGUGUAUGGCUACGGAGACCGGGGAUGAUAACCUUCCUAGUGUUAAGGACCUUGAGCAUGAAGUAUCUAAGGAAAAACGGCUGAAAAUGGAAGGUGGUGAUGCGGCUGCAAUGAUGGCAUACUUUGAUCGUAUGCAAGAGGAUAAUCAGAACUUCUAUCAUGCACACCGCUUAGAUGAAGAGGGCCGACUCAAGGAUGUAUUGUGGGUGGACGCCCGAAGUAGGGUGGCAUACGAAGAUUUUGGGGAUGUUGUUUGUUUUGAUGCAACUUAUCUAACAAAUUCGUACGCCCUACCCUUUGCCAACUUCGUAGGGGUUAACCACCAUGGCCAGUCUAUAUUGUUGGGCUGCGCCCUUGUAUCACAUGAAGAUUGUGACACAUUCGGUUGGGUAUUUAGGCAAUGGAUUUCUUGUAUGGGCAAUAAACAACCCGGGGCAAUUUUGACAGAUCAAGCAGCUGUUAUGCGCAAGCCUUUAGCUCAAGUAAUGCCGAAUGCUCGACAUCGUUGGUGCAUUUGGCACAUAAUGAAGAAAAUCCCGGAUAAGCUUGGAAAAUGUGAACACUACCAUGACUUUAAGAGCCCUCUAAAGGCUCUUGUGUAUGAGAGCUUUACAGUUGCUGAGUUUGAGCGUCGUUGGAUAAACUUUAUCAAGCAUUUUGAACUGGAGGAUAAUGACUGGUUAGCUGAUUUGUUUGAGGAACGGCACAUGUGGGUCCCAGCUUUUAUGAAAGAACACUUCUGGGCCGGGAUGAAGACAACACAGAGGGUCGAAAGCAUAAAUAGUUUCUUUGACGGGUUUGUGAAUAGGAAGACAAAGCUUUACGAAUUCCCAGAUAAGUACACUAGGGUAAUGGGAAGGCGUGUUAAAGCUGAAACUGAUGCGGAUGCUCGCUGUGGCAAAUAUUUGAGGCGGCUCGUGAGUGGUUUUUUUGUAGAACAAUUCUUUCGGGACAUCUACACCGACACUAAAUUCCAGGAGAUUCAAAUAGAGUGUUGUAGACUUAUGCAUUGCUCUGGGAGGGAGGAGCGUGUGCUUGAAGGGAACAUGUUUCAAUACCUACUGGAAGAUCGGGUUUGGAUCAUCCCAGAAGGGAAGAGCGAAGAAGAGAUAACUGACAGGAGACGAUUCUAUUGUGUCCUUUACAACACAGUUACGAAGGACGUGUCCUGUGAUUGCUGCAAGUUCGAAACCUUUGGUAUUCUUUGUCGUCAUAUCAUUCGAGUUUAUGACCAAAAUCGGGUGUUUGAAAUUCCUUCAAAGUAUGUACUCGACCAAAAUCGGGUAUCAUUAUUAAUUAGGUAUGGGCCCCUAGUGUUUCAUUCCACUAUGAUUGAAAAUCCAUAUGAAUUAAUUCCUCACUAAGAGUUUGAAUUUUAGGGUUUGUAACUUAGUGGUAUAAUUAUCAAUCAGAUUGUAAAUUGUAAGAUUUAUUAAAUAAAUUUUAGUCAAAUAUGUGC